GCCUUCAGAUAUCUUUUAUCUCAUUCUGACAGUGAGGUUCAGGUGGGAUUUUGAUUGGGUGCGCAGACCGUUCAUGAACCAAUCACUGAGGACGUCAGUUGCCACCGGAGUUGCUGUCUCUAAACUUGAGCCCCAAUAAUCUACUACGUAAUGUACUAACAUGCAUUGCAGUCGUGAAGAUCGGUAGGCUUUUAUUAGACUUUGAGUGCAAUUGAACAGCCUGUUCGCAUCUCUAAAUACUGUACAAUUUGUCAGCUUGGCGAAUUAGAUUUCUCUGAUCGACCAUGUCCAAUGACAUGGGGCAGCUUUUGGGCACUGAGAUCAACCUGAUGGAGAUGUCGGAAGGUGAAUACACACACCUCCAGCACCUCCUCCAGACGCAGAUGGACGGGCAGGCCACGGAGCAUGACGGCGUAGACGUCCGAUUCCCCGCAACUAUAUUCGGCCUCAGUGUGACCACUCAACUUGCGACCACUCAACCUGCGACCCCUAAAUAUGAUCCCGGAUUGGCAAAAAUGUUUACCUCCCCGACCAUCCAAGCUAUGGACCUUUCAACCUCAAACGAGGAGCAAUGUGUCAUCCCAGAUCUGAGGCUGAAUGAGACGGUGGACAUAGAGGAACUAGCCAUGGUCAUUUCCUGCAGUGGCAGUGGCCACUCUGGAGAAAAAACUCCUACUACUUGUGGCGAAGUGCCAGGCUCUGUGCUUGUUAGAGUUAAACGGGAAGCCGGUGAGACCCUGACCGAAGCACCUGCUCACGGUUGUGGAUUCUCACUGAACCGACCCCAUUCCUCUGCUAGAGUUUGUCUGGAGAAGAGGUUUAGCUGCAUGGCCGAGGAUGUCCCCAGACAGCAGGACACCCAGACGGCAGUUCUUACCAAUUUUUUGACGAUGCUUCAGCAAUCCACUGAAUCUCAAGAACCAAGCAUUCAUCAACAAAUGCAGAAGUGGAUGAAAUCAGAUCGAACUAAUCCCAUUGAGCUUUCAAACCCAUACGGAGGGGCCCUGUUCAACCCAAUCACUGGCGCUUUUGGACAUAUUUCACAUAUUGUUGAACCCAACAAGCAUCAAGGCCUGAUCAAUGCAAAUAACUUUUUAAGUUAUUGUCCAGAGAAAGCGGCUGCUAAGGGGCAGUGUGUCAACUGCACCAACCAAACAGAAGAACAGGAAUGGGUUAAAGUGGAAAAGGAGGCGGUGCCUACAGCGCCUGUAAAGCGCACCCGGUCCCGGAUCACGAGGGGUCCCAGCGUGGCUUCUCAGGUAGAAGGCCCUAGAGCCGCUGUAGAGGCAGGGAGGAGUGGCAGGAAGAAGGCAGGCAACCCGGCUGAGAGUAGCCAGCGCAGAGAGAAACAUAACAGUAAAGAGAGGGACCGCAGGAGGCGGAUUCGCAUGUGCUGCAAUGAGUUGAACACCCUGGUGCCCUUCUGCAGACCAGACACAGACAAGGCCUCCACUCUGCAGUGGACCGCGGCUUACCUCAAGUACAUCGAGGAGGUGUACGGAGACUCACCCAAAGAGAACUUCCAGAGCGCUUUCUGUGGUACGACCGGCCUCCGCAAGAAGCCCAGCACAGACUCUGACCACGUCCACCUCCACCAGGAGAUGGCAGGCACAGCAAGCACUGCUCUGGCAGCAGAACAGUGAAACCCCAACACUGCUCUCUUUAGUUAUCCAUAUAUCUAUGAAUUGAUAUCACAUCUUAGUGGCUGAGGUUUCAUCAAAGUUGCUGUUCGACCAGAAAGCAUCAAGUAAAGACAAAUUCAAGGAAAAUGUGUGAGGAUGCAUUGUUCAAUUGUAAUAUUCCUUAUUACUUUAUUGCAUUAUUAUUUUGAAACUUCCUAUUUCCUAUAUUUUAUAUUAUGGUAGAUGUAUUCCCCAUUUUCCAAAUGUAGGGUUCAUCAGACAUGCCAAAUAAUAAUUAUUUUUUAAAGGAAAGGUAUCCCUUUAGUAGGGGUCUCUUUUGCAGACGGUAAGCAUUAGUGCCUUCAGCAGGUCUCGUGACUGUGAAUUACCAUCCGUUUUCUCCUUAAGACUCUAAAAAAAUUUCAUUUGGGUGCCGAAAUGCUUUUUACAGGACAUUGCGGAAAGUGAUAUGCAGGUGGCACUGUUUCGCAUUGAAAGACAAAUUACAGGGUGUACGAAACUUAUUUAUAGUAUUUAUUAUCAGUCAUGAUAUUUUGCCUCAAGGUGCGAAUUUAAGAAACAGAAUCCAAUUGCAUUGUACAUCCGUUACAUUUAGCAAAUAUUUAAAGAAAAUGUUAAUUUGUGUUCAAUAAUUUUUCAUGUGAUUCUUCUGUCCUGGUUGUAUUCAAUUGAAAGUAAAUGUUACUGCUUUUA